CAUGCCCCACUAUGGAGAAGGGGCUCAAACGAUGAAUUGAACUGCAACACUUGUGGUCUGUAUUGUAAAUUGGUGAGUAAUAUUUCGUCUAUAUACACCAUACGGACUUCAUUGCUCAUUCUAGAUAAUGCCAUACCCCACUAUGAAGAAGGGGCUUGA